AUGGGUGAUAUUGAUAAUAAGCAAAAUGCAAAAAAUGCCGCGUCAAUUGCUGCUCCUGCCGCCAUAACACGCUCGCUUAUUUUGCAAGGCCUUGCAUUAUUCUAUAGGACUCCUAUAAAGCUUUUUAGACCAUUGAGAGUAGAUUAUCUUGUAAUGGCCCGAGCGAUUAUGCCGCCACCUACUGAAAAUGCAAAAAAAUUUUCCUUUCAUCAUACUAGCAUCGGCAUGAUUUCUAAUGCUGUAAAACUUCAUGGGUUUUCUUUCAUUCAUCGGCAUAUCCUUCCACCUUUUAUAGCAAAUUCCGUAAUAGGCGCGGUUUUAUUCACUGUUUAUGUUUCUACUCUUUCACAAUUUCAAUCCAUCCCAAUAUCUGGUUCACAAAAUUACAUCAAUCGUCCACCACCAUUUUAUGCUGUAUUUUGUUCUGGCGCUAUAGCAGGCGCAGCUCAAUCUUUAGUAGCGGCUCCCCUUGAUUCGCUUAAGGUCAGAUUUGAGGUCAAUGAUUUAUUAGAAGGUAAACAUAAAAGUAUGUAUGAUUACGCUAAGACGACAUGGAAAGAGUUAGGACUUUCUAGCAUAUAUCGAGGAAUUGGAUUAACGCUCAUAAAGGAUUCUCUAUCUUGUGGUCUCUUUUUUGGGGUAUUUGAAUUAGUAAAAGGGCAGUGUUAUAAUACUUUUAUCAAUAAAAUGAAUAACCAUCGUAUGAUAAACCACCAGAAUCAGGAUCGAGAUAAAUCACAUAUUGUUGAGCCUGCUUUCAUCCUAAUUGCGGGAAGUUUAGCAGCUAUAUCGUAUCAUAUCAUUGACUACCCACUUGACAGAAUUCGAAAUGUUUUUCUAAUUGAAGAAGCACAAUCAGAAUUUCAGCACGAGCAGAAGCCAAAACUUUAUAAACUCACAUGGGAGCAAUGCAAAUUGAGAGCUUUAAGGACUGGAUGGAUGCAUUUUCUAUAUGGUGAUUUGGGGGCUACUGUAUUAAGAGCUAUUCCUGCAACUAGUGUGGGAUUUUUGGUCUUUGAACUGAUGAAAAAAAAAGUUGAUUACAAAGAUGAUUUAACUGAAUGA